AUGCACGGUGUAAUGUUUCCCUAUUUCUGCAGCUUAUUUACCGGUAAGCUGGUCUUGUCCCUGGGUCCGCCCGAUCUGAUGAGUCUUUCCCAUGAGGCACGACAAAUUGAACGAUUACCCGAAAGUAGUAUUGGAUUAAUUCAUCAGCAUGUUGUGUUUUCUAACACGUGGUGCCAACUUUCCACACCUUCUAUUCCUUCUGCUUUGAGUGCUGACAGCGGCGGGGUGACAACUGAAAUGUUCUAUUUGGACGAACGAGGCGUAUCCCAACCUCCGUUAGAGUGGGAGGGAAAUGUGACACCCGCCAUGGCCGAAUUCUGUUUGGCGUGGUUUUACGAGCUUAUAUCAUGCCAAAUGGAUUUAGCAGUAGCAUCAUUCAAUUGGGAAAGGGUUGCCGUGCGGAAGAGGUUCCGCGUCCCGGCUUCCCUGUUUCCAAGGGUCUGGUUGGGAAAGCACUUGGGACCCUGGUUCGCGGGACCGAUGGGACCGAUGCUGGACCCAACACAACGCCAACACCAACUCUCCCUGUGUGAUCAGUUUGACUUUCGAGUCUCCACACAUGCAGGGUCGAAGGGCUUCACUUCACUUCAAGUCAUACCCUGCCGCUUUUUGCCUCGUUGCCCCGAUUCCUGGAAAAUAUGUCCUCUGUCCUCAGGAUUCAUGUCACCCACCCACCUAUCAACCGCGCCGCAUCCCACCAUCUUCAUUACAUCUGCAAGGAUGGAAAAUCACGCACUAGAUACUUUCGCAGGGAAUAGUGCGCCUUCGCAUUGGCGGCAUCUGAAGCGCGGGGUAUUUCCUUUUCAUCCCCUAGAUCUCGGCCCGAGGUCUUUUGAUGCGAGUACGACAGUUCUAGAUUUCGGGACCUCGCCAAUCUGGUGGGGCCCUCUUCGCCAGCCUUGCUUCAAAUCUCAUCGAUCAGCAUCGAGCAACGACUAUAAUUAUCACAAACCGUUGAACUCUGGACAGAAUUGGUACUUUUCCGGCGCCGGCUGCCUCCUCUCUUCUUUAGCAAUAUGGGAGUUGUCUCUAUAUCUAUGUCGUCUACCCUACGACAUCGAAUUCUCUCCUCCCUUCUCCCUACUGCUAGAGCCUACGAAUAGGGUUACCAUAUCUCUGCAUACGGCCUUAGGCGACAUCUAUAGCCUGUUUUGUUUUGCCUUUGAUGAUAUGAGACGCUCCCAACAAGAUGCAGCGUCGCUCAAAGUCCACCACAUUCCGAGGAAGUAUUCACUGGUGCUCUCAGCGUCCGCUCUUUGCGCACAACUACUUCGUCUUUCUCGGACCCUUCACGUUGACCCGGCUAUCAGUCGUUGUCACCAGAUUCCUUCCACAUUUCUAUAUCAUUGCAUAGUACACCCAAGUGCGGAUGAACCUCCUGACGCAGAUGCCACCUUCACAUCACGACUUCGUUGCAACGUAAACAUCGUUGAAGUUGAUGUUCAGGUUCUGCAUCCUGACUUCUCAUCAGCAAUUUCACAUGAUACUAUCGAACUACUCUCUGGGACACCAAACUGUCACUUCCAUUCUUCUUCCGCCGCCUGCUCACAAGCCUGCCAACGUACCUCAUUGGCUAGCGGAUCUGCUUCAGCUUCUUCAGGUAAGCAGAUCAGCUCUCCUAGAGACGUUACCAACCCCUUUACCAGCCAAAGUACAGCCGACUGCAGCGACCCGGGAAAUCUCGUCCGCGCUGACAUCUCGAUAAAAUUCGGAACCACAGCUGACAUCGUUGCAGACGCUAUCAGUAAGGCUACCCUACCCUCUCCUCCCCCAACCCCAGCACUAACCAUUUCGCUCCAGUACCAUUAUCGCCUUCGUAUUCGCAUGGCUAGCUCAAAUCUCCAAAGUAAACUCAUUAUCGUCGGCACGUUACCUGCACUCUGGUUUUGGUUGAGUGGGAAAUUGAAUUUGGGGAAGACGCAAGCGCCAGGGAUCAGUAGGCUGGGAGCAAUGGGGAGAACGAAGAAGGGGUUCAGUGUGUCUAAGCACAUAGUCAAGGCGAUACUAGUACCAAGGAUGCUAGGGAAGGUUACCUUGAAGGAUAGAGGCGAACAUUUUGAAACGGAAGCUUUCAGUAUUCUUCAUUCUACAAUUCAAGAUAAAAUGGACAGCAAUUCAUGUCCACUUUAA